AUUUUUGUGGAGUUGGCAACGCCGCUCAUUUUCCUGUACAGCCCAGAAAUGUCACGAACGUCACUGUACAAUAUGAAAACGUAGUGUUUAUUAGUCAUGUCAUUUCAAACAUUCCAUUCAAAUUCAACAAAUAGUUUAUUUCGACCAAUUAUUUCGCGUAAUUACAUGUGAUCAAACCUAACCUCAAAAUGCCCGACUCAGUCGAACUCAGCUUGGACCGAGUCCUCCAUGGGCUCCCCCUCGAGGGCGAAGAAUCGGAAAUCUGCGACUUCUCUCUCGAAGAACAGAACGCAGCUUGUGAAAGCCAGGGGGUGCAGCCCACCGUGAGCCCCAAUUUCAAGCCGGUCAUCGGGGAAACUGUCACUUAUGUCGUGGCAGUGGUGCUCAUCAACGACCAGAAUGAGGUGCUCAUGAUGCAGGAAGCGAAGGAGUCGUGUGCGGGAAAAUGGUAUUUACCCGCGGGGCGCAUCGAGAAGGGCGAGACUAUUAGCGAGGCGGGGCAGCGAGAGGUUUUGGAGGAGACGGGGCUGCAUGUGCAAUGCACCACUUUGGUAAUGGUCGAGUGUGCUAGGGGGUCGUGGUUGCGGUAUGUUUUGACGGGGGUGGUGACGGGGGGCAAACUCAAGACGCCCGCUGAGGCCGACAAGGAGUCUCUCCAGGCGAAAUGGGUGGCUAAUUUGGGGGAGUUAACCUUGAGGGCCACCGAUAUCAUGGAUUUAAUUAACAGAACCAGGGCGUUGAAAGAAGGGAGAAAAAGUCGCGAUCAAGGCUGGCCCAAAGACCAAUUGCCUUGUCUUCGGCCCCAUUCCAAGCUUCUCCUUCGUCUAGUCGUCGUAAUAAAGAAAAAAUCGACGAAUCGAGUCCACGUUUUGAUAAGCGAGAAGACUUCGUGGCAUUUACCCACCUGCGAAAUCCACCCAUCGAAGAAUCUGCAUUCGACUUUGAAGCGGUUUAUGGUGGAUUUGUUCGGGGCGGAUGUGGGGGCGCACAGGCCGCACGGGUUGCUCUCGGUGGAGUAUGACCCACGGGAGCGCAAGGAUGGGGCUUGUUUGACGCUGUUGGUGGCGUUUAGGCCGCCUUUGGAGGAAGUCCCCAUCAUUGGGAAGUGUGUCUGGCAUGAGGCCUCCAAGGAGUUGGGGGAGAGGUUGUUGGCGAAAGUGGCCUCCAAGAAUUCCACCAUUCCGAUCCAUGUUAUUUGUUGAGGUGCUAAUCUGGCAGAAUUUUGGUUAAGGAGCGGAUAAAUUUUAUUGUUGUGGAUUAACCUAUUGUUAAUUAUAGUUUCGUAUUUUAUUAUUGUUUGUGCAUGUUAUUGUAAUAAAUUAUUGUAACUUUA